UUAGUUUAGCAAUAAUAUUGGGCUAUAUCCUAUAUAUAGACAUCACUACCUGCUCUUUCUUGCACAUAUCAAACACAUACAUCUGUGAGAAAAUGAGCAGCUUUUUGAGGUUGUUUGCUACUGCUCUUCUAGUGAUGAUGCUUCUGUUCUCCACUGGAAUGGUGGCUGAGGCAAGGACGUGCGAGUCGAAGAGCCACCGAUUCAAGGGAAUCUGCGUGAGAAAAGCCAAUUGUGCGGCGGUGUGCCAGACAGAGGGUUUCCACGGCGGCCACUGCCGGGGCAUCCGCCGCCGCUGCUACUGCACCAAACACUGUUAAGUGUUACCUAAAAUUUUAAAUUAGUGACUGUUUACUACUACAACGUAUGAGUGUAGCAGUCUGUCAAGGAUAUAUGGUGUUUUGAUGCUUUUGCGUGUGAUUGAAAAUAAGAGAACUUCUCAUCUGUUUCUAAGGAGGAGUUUUAAUUUCUUUUCGUGGCUUUCCGUUUUAUGUAAUCUUUUGCGUUUUGAGUAUGCAUGAACUACUUCAUUUCAAAUUAUAAUAUGGCAAGCUAUUUUGUUGGAGCUUUA